UAUUGAAUUUUUUCCAAAGAAGAAGAAGAAGAGGGUAUUGGCAAGUUUUCCCAUUUUGAACAUUCAAUGGCCUUGCCGCCAAAGUGACGUGGUAGGGCAGGUGCGUAAUGUGCACGUUGAGUAGACCAGACUCUUUCUUCCGCCAACCAAUCACGCGACUCGUCCAGUCUCCGCUCUCCCCUAUUCAAAACCAAACUUCUCAUCCUUUUCUCGUCAAAGUCGUCGUUUCGAAGUGGUGCUCCAUUCCCAUGAUGUCGCUUCCCAAUUCCAGAGUUUCCGUCGCCAUUUUCCUCUCUUUCAUAUUCUUCACCUCCUUCCCAGGGUUGAUGUUAUGUGCAGUUGUGUCGCUAAAUUCAAUUGAGGUCUUCAGAACACACGAAUGGUUGAAAGCUACUUCAACUGUGUAUUUCCUCUGCACAGAGGAGAACAAGACGGUGCUUCCAGAUGUCAAAAGACCCCAUGUCUUUUACUCUUUCAAUGGGAAUGAAUCUUGGCAGCCUCUAAGCAGCUUUUCCAGUAAAAAGUGCAAGCGGUGUGGACUCUAUGAGGAAGACAGCAUUACUUCAGAUGAUGUAUUUGAAGAAUGGGAGUUUUGUCCUUCUGAUUUUACUGGACCUGAUGGUGAAUAUAACAGGUUCAAGGAAAAGGAAUUCAAUGCCACUUUUCUGUGCCAAGAGUGCUUAUCGCUUGCUGGUGUUUCUAGCUCUUCUGAUGGAAAAGGAAUGCAUAUAGCAGUUGCGGUUUUGCUUAGUGUUUUGGCCUCAAUUAUAGUGAUUCUUGGAGUGAUGGGUGCAUAUAAAUUCUGGCUAAAGAAGAUAAGGGAACAAGACCAGACUCGGCUUUUGAAGUUAUUUGAAGAUGGAGAUUACAUGGAAGAUGAGCUGGGCCUUGGAAAACAAAAAUCAAGCUGUUGUUGUUCUUCCUCUGUCUUCUCCAUAAGAGGUGGCUUUAUCUCUGGUCUCAGGAAUAUUUAUGCUUUAACACCCUUAGAUGUGUCUUCACUAGAAGUUAGACUAAGCUUAACUUUUAUCACUGGGCAAGACCUAUUAAAGCAGUUGAUUGACCACUUUGCUUUCGUAAAACAAGACCUAUUAUAGGCAAAGGCUACAACCUUAUGUAUAGCAUUUAACAUCUUUAAAUGCUUAAUUUUGUUGUUUGAGUUUUAAUUUUUACAUUCCAUAUAUUGUUUUGAUACAGCCCAUCACUCUAAAUGCAAUAUUCCAUUUAUUUAGUCAAGUC